UGUUAAUCUUAAAUCUCAAAACCUAAGAAUUAUACCAUAAUAUUUGAUAUUACUGAUUGAUGUAAUUAUAUUAAUUUUAUGGUGAUCAUAUUUGUUGAUUCCAACUACUACUUACUGAUGGGACUGUAUUUACACGAAUGAUUCAAGAAAGGGCUCUAAGAUCUAGAUCAAAAACAGAGACUAAAAAAGGGUUUAACGAUCUUAUUAUAAUUUUUGUAUUACUUUGAUAUAGAGAUUAAUUGACCUGUGAAAUCAAAAGACCAAUCGCAAAGAAAGUAUCUUGCUAACAAACUCAAUCACAUCGCGAAAACGCUUUCACACGAGAGAACCCUAUUUUCCUAAAAACUUCCUCUUCUGAUUUCGUCGGCUCUGAUGGUAUCUGUUACAUGGAUAAUUAGGGGUACUGCUAAGAUCUAAGAUUUUGAUUCGAUACAAAUGAAGAUUUGAUUUUUUUUAUUUGAAGAUUUGCUUGAGGAUUCACAAAAGAGAAAAGGGGUUCCGGUAUUCUGAAAAUUUCGGCGGUUCAGAAAAAAGAAGUUUUAGAAAGAUUUGUUUUUCCUCUAUUCUUCUCGAUCUCAUGGCCUUCUUCUGAUUUCAGCCACCAAAGUCAGUGGAGAUGUUCUUUAUUGCAGUCAAAAAUAUUAUUCCAGCUCAAGUAACAAGUGACAACAUUAGAAGAUAUUUGGCUAGCAUGGAGAGAUACUUUCCUUCUCUUAUCCAGUGAGACAAUCAAAUGGAAGUCUCUUAAUCACAGUGAGAGCAAGUAUAAGGUUCAGAUAGAGGAUAAAGUUUAGUGUAAAAGCUGAAAAUGAAUUGGGAAAUGGCAACACUGUGUUCUUUCAGUUUCAUAAUUUUCCUGUUAAUUUCUGUGAUUUUUGUUAGCUGAUUGGUCAUAAAACCCAAGAUUGCAUGAAAUACCACAUGGCUCUACACCAAGCUGAAAUUCAGCAAGCUCAGGCCGAUGAAGUCCUAAUUUCCAUGCAGCAAGAACAGAUGCAGCCUGUGAUGGUGCAGGAUGGCAUGGAGUUUUCAGAUGACAGUCUUGGUAAUUCAUCCCCUGAUCGUGCUGCUUCUAAGGUAACUUACACUGACUAUAUUAAUCCAAUUGACAGUGAAAUUGAUAACAAUACAUUUUAUGGAUCGCGAAAUAUUUCUGCUUCUAUUGAGUUUCCUGCAUCCAACUGGUUUAAUGGAUCUACAAGUAAUGAUAUGGAAAAUAACACUAAUAAGGACUCUUAUAUGUGGAAGCUCAUACCAAAAAGAGACAGACCCAGUAAUCCUUUUAAUUUUGUUUCUGGCCUAUGGGGUGAAGCUAACACAUCCCAGCAUACUUCUAGCCUGAACAACACUGCAUAUGCUAGAAACUGGGGCUUGAUGCAAAACUACUUUCAUUGGGAUUGUCCAUUGCCAGCACCUAAGAAACCAAGAAUCUAUGACAUUGAUUUGAAUCUUUCGCUGGGAAUUGCUAGUCAUGCAGAAGCAAGAAGUAGAGAUUAUUGAACCAGAAAGGUAUUUCAAGGAAUACACUCGCCAAUGGUUUAACGGUGAAUUCUCAUCAAACCCAACUGGUGGUCAAGAUGAUAAUACUCAAGGUGAUAAAUAAGAAGACAAUGCCAGAUAGUUCUAAAUCUCUUGAAAAGAAGCUACCCUGUUAAUCUGUUAUAUCCAUGUAACAAGCCAUCAGAGCCUAUGAGCUCAUUUUCCUGUUGUUGAUGGUGUUUUUUAGCUUAGGGUUAAAAUCGUAAAACCUUGCAUCUGACGUCACUCUGCAAGGAAACGGUGUCGUGAGUGCUAACCUCUCCACCAGCAUAUUUAUUGAGACAUUCAAUA